AAAAGGGAUUUAUUUUAGUUAAAGUCCCAUUAAAAAUAACAUUAGCACAAUGACAGACGUCGCGAAAAAGGUACAGGAUUAUAAGGAUUCCCUCAAGCAGAAGGCUGAGCAUCUAAUUAUCAAAGGAUUUCCAGAGAAAAUUGUGAAAUUGAAUGAACUUCUAGAAACAUCAAAUUUCCAGAAUCGCGAUUUAGCUGAUGUACAUCAGGACUUAAACAUUCCAGUGCCACCUCCUGCAUCAGCAUCUAAUGAGCCAAAUGCCAAACGUCCACGAGUGGACUCAUCAGAGGUUUCAAGCAACUCAUCUGUCAAUGAGGGCACGCGAGUGUAUGCCCUGCCUAAUGGCACAGUACCAUGCAACAAGCCGCUUAGUGACCUCAUUCAUCUUGUAAAACCACACAUUAGGGAACUGGUUGAAGAUUCAAAUUUGCCUAAUGGAACUCAAUCGCGAUCGACAUCUGCCCAAACACUGCGUAUGUCGCCCCGUCAGUCGCCAAUUGAAACUACGCCGUAUGACGCGACGCCUGCAUCCAAUGAUAAGACGUUUCUUUCCCUGCGCUCCUCACAAAUUGGGUGAGUUUAAUUCUAGGGAGAAAUAUGCGUUUUAUCUCUUCAUUUAUUUACUAGUGCGUGGUUUUUGGCAAACCCAAUGUUUUAGGUGGGUAAUGAAUGGAAUAACGCGAACUGUCGCCGAUAAUGAAGCAGUUGCUGUUCCUACUAGGUGGGCUACCUACACCGUAGAUAGCUCUAGCGUUACCUGCGCACAGAUAUGAUUCAGUUUUGUUCUUUUCUGUUGUUGCGUCAUAUUGUGUAAUAUUUACCACUUUACGUUUCUUCGUUGCACUUUGAGUUCUUUUGUUGCAUUUGCGUUCCUUUGCGUCCCGUCAGAUUUGUCGCCCACCUAGUAUGAGGGUGACGUUUGGCUUUUGUCUAGGUCCGAUCGUGACUAGUGACCAAAAGCUUUUUGCAGCUGAAAAUGUGGAUAUCAUUCAUGAUUCCUAAAAUUGAAGACGGCAACAACUUCGGUGUAUCAAUACAGGAAGACACUCUUGCCGAGAUACAGUCUGUGGAGUCGGAGGCUGCCGCAUUCUUUGACCAAAUCUCACGAUACUUCAUUUCGCGAGCGAAGAUCGUAUCUAAGGUCGCCAAAUACCCUCACAUUGAUGACUACAGGAGAGCCGUACGAGAGCUGGACGAGAAGGAGUACCUGUCCCUUUGGCUUGUGAUGUGCGAAAUUCGUAACCGUUACUGUUCACUUCACGACAUCGUCAUCAAGAACUUGGAGAAGAUUAAAAAGCCUCGUUCCUCGAAUGCAGAGUCUCUGUACUAGGCACUAUUUAAAUCUCAAGUAGUAUCUCUUUAGUCACAUGCGAUUGUAAGAAUACAUUGUGGAUCUAAGAGUAAUACUGUGUAACUGGCUUAAUAUGUCUUGAUUUUUACUCACUAGGCGCAAUUUAUGUAAAUAUUUGUUUGCACACUGCAGGCACAUGUUGUCGACACAUGCUUCUAUAAAUUGUUAUUACAUGCCUUGAUGAAUGUAACAUUUUCAAAUAGUUAUCCAUAUACUUAUGCGAAAUGUUACAAGUGAUUAUAUCUACUGUAUUAUUAUGUUUUAGGU